UUUGAAUGUGAUAUUGCAGUAGGUAAACUUUGAACAACGAUUAUAGGUUUAUUUUAUUAGAAAGGACAGGUAUUUUAACGUAAUAAUCGAUGGUUUUCGAAGCGUACAAGUGUGGCUAGCUAGCUCUAUAGCAAGAGUCAUUGGUAAUGAUAUUAACGAUAGUUAGCUUGUUUAUACAUAUACUAAAAAACAAUUAUUUUUUAUUUAUUUAUUUACAAACAAUGUCAUUAAGUUAUGAAAUACAAUAAGGAAAUGUUCAUUUAUGUCGGUUUCGUUUAGUCGACGUCUCUUCGGCCUGUUUGAACUCAUGUUAGCCUGUUAGCUGCUAUGUCAUGCUCAUUUCAACUAGGCUGCUGUGAGGUUUAUUCUUUAGUGAUCAGUAAGCAUUUGAGUUUGAGAAUAUGGUUAAGUUUAGCUAAAAUGAGCUUUUGGUCAUAAAUAACCAAUGGCUUGGUCUAGUUUCUGGUUGGUUGGCCUUUCAAUACGCCCACAAAGAGACACACAUGGGUGUAAUCAACCAAACCUGUGCAUGGUUCAUAUAUGCUAGUCGUAUAUUAGAUUAAAUAAUGCAUUCAAAUGAUUAGAAGUGAUCGGAUUAGAUCCUGGUAUCAUGCAUACACCGUCUGAAAGCAUCAGUUUCUUAUGUUGAGUUCUUCAUUGGGCGCGUUUGUGCUGGAAAUGUCUGAACUUGGGCAGGAAAAACAGCCCUGCAGUAUUUGGGCAUGGUCGCUAUCCGAUUGACCUGACAACAGUUUCAUGAGUGGUUGUAUUUUCGAAAUGGGGGGAAAAGAUCUUGAGCGUUUAGACGUGGGAGAAGUAGGCGCUUGCGUGGUUUCAUUUCGUGUUUACAGUCUGUGGCUAGCUUCAGGUCCAGGAGGGUUCUGAAUGCAGUUUGUCGGUCCAGUGUGGUUGAGACAUGGCAGAAGAUCAGUUAAAGGCAGACGCCUCGGCUGGGGAGGGGGAGACGGAGCCCAGUAUGCUGCUGCAGAAGCUCAAAAGCAACAUUGCUAAAAAUGUGCAGGUUAAAGUGGACAAAAUUUUGGAAGAUGUACAGCGUUUCUCUGACAACGACAAGCUCUACCUUUACUUACAGCUUCCCUCAGGUCCAGGAGCAGGAGAGAAGAGUGGUGAUUCAAACUCAGUCAACACGGCAGACCAGCUUCACACCUGCAACUGGAUCCGUAGCCACUUGGAAGAACAUCCUGACACCUGCCUGCCUAAACAAGAUGUUUACGAGACAUACCGGAAGCACUGUGACAACUUACAGCAUCGGCCUCUAAGUGCAGCAAAUUUUGGCAAAAUCAUCCGAGACAUCUUCCCAAACAUUAAAGCACGAAGACUGGGUGGAAGAGGACAGUCCAAAUACUGCUAUAGUGGGAUACGUCGAAAGACCGUGUUAAACAUGCCAUUACUCCCUAACCUGGACCUCAAAAAUGACCCGUCUGAACUGACAGAACUGGUGCAAACCUACAAGCAAGAGGUCACCGAAGCAGCCUGUGAACUCAUCUGUGACUGGGCCCAGAAGAUCCUCAAGCGCUCUUUUGACACGGUGGUAGAAAUCGCACGCUUCCUCGUACAGGAGCACAUCGUUAACCCACGCUGCAGUCAAGCUGAGCUCGUCACUUCAGCUGCUCUGGCAGGCGGACCUUCCAAACCUCAUAAGGUAAUCAAAAAGAUUGCAGCAGCUUCCAGAGCAGGUGGAGCAGAAGAAGAUAAUGUCAGUGCAGAAAAUAAGCAAAAAGAGAAAGAUGGUGUGGAACAGCUUCCAUCCAAUAAGCAGCAGGUCAGCGAUAAACCAACCAAUAAGGUUGAGUCUGCUCGAGUGGAGGCGUAUAUGAAGAAACUGCCUCAGCUCCUUCCCAGAGGCACUGUUCCAGAGAAAACCUCCCCACCAGCCGAUUCGGGCAGCGUUCAAGUCACUUUGCCUAUUACAGUCACAACGAUACCUUCUCAACCAGGCGGCACAGUCCCCGUUAUGAUAUUACCAUCGGGUAUGAGUCUCUCUUACCCAGAGCAUGAGAAAACAUCAGUCACGGUCAACACUUCUGCUGCUCCAACUCCAGUCGUCCAGAGAGCACGACCGGCAGCUCCUAAGAGGGGCCCUGACCCCUCCACCGCAGUGUCAGCUGCGGGUGUUACUCAGAAACGCAAAAGAGGACGACCCAGAAAGCAAAGACCUGAAGACAUGGCACAGCAGGUACUGUCAGCCCCAACCUCAAAUCCAGCUUUGCUCACGAGAGGAGUAAUCCAAAAAGCCCUGCCUUCCUGUGCGCCAGCCGCUCCUUCACAGUUGGUGGAAAUUGUGUUCCAGGACCAGCAAGGAUUGAUGCUAAGCCAACUUCCCACCAUCCAGGAAGUGACAGAUGCUGAGCAUAGAGGUGUAGUGGUGCAAUGUCAACCUGCAGCAGAACCUGAGAAGCAGCAGUCCAUCCUGCUCAUGCAAGGGCCAAACCAACCGGGUUACGAGCUGAGCCGCAGAAUGGUCAUCCAGCGUGCGCCGUUAUCCAGAGAAGGAAGGCCGGCUCCCCAAGAAGUGCCACAGUCCACUCUUCCAUACCUCCCACCGGCAACGUUAUUAGAGGACAGAGGAGAAGUGGAAAUUACUCUGACUCCUGUGGAGCCACAGGUCGAUUCCAUGCCAAACUCAGCAGGUAUUCCCAGCUCCUUCGGCUCCUUGUUUGGAGAAACUCCAAAACCAGAUGCCCCGUAACAGCAGCACAGCAACUGUCUCCUUUCUCCGAGACUUCUAAAUGCGCAAUGCUUUUCCAGUGCUUCUGUGAAUGGCAUACUAGUUUGUAGUCAAACUGAGGUGUACCAUCUUGGCUGAGCUUGAUUGGGUUUGUCUGCUUUCUGUGUAAAAUGAUAGAACUAGAAGAAAUGACGACCUGUCAUUGUUGCCUUCAAACAGCAACUACACUCAUAUUUUCAUAUUAUUAAUACGAAAAAUUCCUGAAGAUUUCAGGAGUGCUUUUGAAGAGAUUAUAAAUUAAAGUGGCCUAAAACAAAAGUUUUGACAAGAAAGAGUGAACUUUAAGAGCAUUUGAAAUUGAAAAACAGAUAUACUCACUAAUAACAGUCCAGUCUGGUCCAGCUCAGUCAUAAAACAAAAGGACUUCUAAAAAAAAAAAGAAAAAAGAAGAGAAAUCACCAUAGUUACCAAUGAACUGCUUACCAUCUGUCGGUGUUUAUUGCCAUACUCUGUGACAUAAGAGGGCAGUUGGUCUUUUUUGCUCUAACCAUCUUUGCAUGUUUGUGUUUGUAAAUAUGAAUUGAGACAUUUGAGUGUGUUUUCUAGCUGUUCAGAUGACAAAGAGUGGUUUUACGGGUUUGCAACUUCAGGGUUCUAAAAAAAAGUCCCUCCCUCACCCAUUGAUUGGGUUAAUAGUUCAGUUUUGUUUAAACGUCACAAUUAACAAAACUUCAAAAUUACUACAUCCAGUUGCUUUUGUGAAGGUCGAGAAGACACUACUGGUUCAGAUGGUGCAUAGCGUAGGUGAAUGCAAAAACAAAGAUCUCUUAAGUCCCUUUAAAUAUGCAAAUGAGGCUGUGAUUUCGGGAUUCUUCUCAAAGCCCCGCCCCCUGCGUUCAGCUCUGUCCAGUCGUUCUCUUACAACAACGUAAUUUAGCACUUAACAGAUGUAAAUAGUUGAUCUGUGAGCCCAGAAGGAUAUCUUCAUAGGUAAAGUGUACCAGAACUAAUUUAAAACGUUUUAUUUUCCAAAUGUAUAGCCAUCGUCACUAUAUUGCUACUAUGGAAUUAUAUUAUUAUUAGUUACUAGUAAAGUGUGCUCUGUCACCCUAAAGGCAUGUAAAAAAAAAAUAGAAGAUGUUACAAUUUCUGAAAUUUGAUUAUAUUAUUUAAAUUUAAACUGAAAUAUGGACUAAUUAUUUAUUUAUUCAAAUUGUACAAAUCUUGAGCCACAACAGCAUCUUUUUGUCUAGAUUAUCAUAUCUUAAAGGAGAAUUUUACUCUAUUUUUAUAGCCUUGGAUUGCUGUAUUUUUUUACUAGUUGUUUUCAGAUAUUACACUUGAUCUUAGCCAUAAAUGUGAGGGGGGAAAUUUAGUUUAAUUCGAAAAAUUUCUACUGUAGCAGUUUUAUGAAUAUUAUUUAAUGCGCUUUAUUACAUUUGAAGGUAUUGAAAGGCUAUGAAUUGGGAGAAAAAAUAUCUCCUUUAAGGUUCAAGCUCAAUGAAGGCUGUUUGUGGUUAAUAGAGGUUUAAUAGGCACUUAAUGUAAAACAAAGCCACUCCAAUUAUGAAUAAAAGAUUUGGAGGCAGAUGUUACUAUUUAUUCAGAUAUUGUAGUAAUAUAUGUGAGAUGGGAAAUGACUAGUGAUAAUUUUACUAUGGAUAUGGUGCUUUAAAAAAGCUGAACGGGUUUAACUGACUACACAAAUGAUUGUGAUUCACAUCGCAGUGAUUUCACCAAUCAGCAAUCUGACUGCACUUAAUGCAGCUUUGCAUUCUGGUACAAAGGUUGCAAAUCAGACAACCUGCUAGCAUUAGCAUAAAUUGCAUUUAGGUUUGUGUAAUGAAUGUGCUGUAUAUGUCAUGUUUAAUUCUGAAUUAACAUGGCUGCUUAAUUUACUCAAGGUUUAAAGUUUGAUUCUAACCAAAACGAAUGGAUUUGUUUUUUCUUUGAAUUACAGGAGCUUUUAUUUUGUACAGUGUGAUGUUGCUUUUUGAUCAUUUUUGUAUAUUAUAUAUUUUUUCCCUCUUAAAGGAAUAGUUAAUUGAAAUAUAAAAAUGUAUUCAUCUUCCGGCCACCCAAGAUGUUGAUCAGUUUGUUUUUCAUCUGAAAAUUUUUGGAGAAAUUUAGUAUUGGAGGGGUGUGGAUUAUUGCGAUGUUUCUCUCAGCUGUUUGUACUCUCAUUCUGACGGCACCCAUUCACUACAGAGGAUCCGUUGCUGAGCAAGUGAUGUUGGGGUAAAUAUCUCCAAAUCUGAAGAAAAAACAAACUUGGAAACAUACUGAAUGGCCUCAGAGUGAGUACAUUUUCAGCAAAUUUUCAUUCCUGACUGAACAUUUCCUAUGAAGGCAGUGCACUAUUCUAAUAUUCUGCCUCAUUUGCAGUCUUGAGAUUUGAAUACUAAUAUUAUAUCCUAAUAUCCAGACAACAGCAAUUUAGUAUCCUGUGAAAUAAAAUAUCAGACUUCCAAUUUAAAAAAAAACACGUUAACAAGAAAACUUGUAAUUUACAUUAAUGAACAGCAAAUAGUUUAUGAAGUAAUUUGUUUAGAGUGUUCUAGUUUGCAAUAUUUUAAAGAAUGACUGAACAGUGGGACGUUAGAUUAAUAUGAAUCUAACAAACUGUGUAAUUAUAAAGCAGUGAAUGAUCAGAUUUGACAGAUCUGGGACAGCAGAGUACUUGUAAAGUGAUUGAAAGCAGCUUAUUUCAUGGGAAAUAAACAUGGACAAUGACAUAUGAUCAUUUAUAUCUGUUUAUGGAUAUAUUAUUCAUAUCCUCUGUCCACUGACAAUGUUGUUUUUGUUGUUGUUGCAAGUACAAUUUCACACCACAGAAAUAGAAAUGUAACCUGUUCAGUACUACAUAGUGCCUCAUACAAACCACUGUGCUCUGUAAAUAUCCAUUUUCUUUGCAUUAUUUAUGAGGUUGUUAUUUUGUUCUGAAGCAUUGAGUGGAUUAUUUGUUUAAAUUCUUUGGUAAAGUUUCUCAAAAAAAGAAAAAACCAAAAUGACACGCUGAUCUCAUGAGUGCCUCGAGAUGCCGAGCGUGUGUUGUAAUAAUUACCCAUCAGUGUUGGUAAUUCUCAUGUUUCAUUGUGACAAACUCCAAAUAAACCUAGCGCAAACAUGUCUAGCACAUUCACUUCUCACUGAGUCAUGUAGAAUUGUUGGAAUUUGCUUAAGUGUUCAUUGGUUGUGCGUGUCAGUACUAUGCCAUUUUUAUCCUAGACAUCUAACACGUCUAAUGUUAUGAUCUGAUUAUCACCUUUUUUUAGUCAGUCCAUGCAUGGUUUGUGUAUUGAAUAUGUUUUAAAGAGUUGUUACAAAGCAUCUGAUAUUCGUUUGGAGUUGCGCCGUUUCUUUCAAAAACAUCCGAACCCUGGUGUUUGUCUUGCACUUUAAUUUUCUUAACGGAAAGCACACAGGGGGAGAAAAAGAUGAAAUGGAGCACCUCGUAUGUUAUUUGUUUUUGUACUUACAAUCCUCUUUUUGAAAAUGUAUGCUUUUUGUAUUUCAUGUUAAAACUGUACAAUUGGACAUCUUCCAUAUAUAUAUAUAUAUAUAAAGAAAU